UCGUAUCACGCACUCACGUUUUCUCCACUCUCCACCAAAAUGAAUAACUUCACCAUCACCACCUUCAUGUACCAAUCUAUCACUUCCAUUAAAACCCUAACACCGCAUAUCACCUGUCUCGCAGUCCACCAUAACCUUCUCUACGCCGCAUCUCUCAACCUAAUCAACGUCUACGAUCUCUCUUCCAAUUACACUCACAUUGACGCUUUCAACGAAAGCUCCGAUUCAGGCUUUGUCAAAUCCAUCACGUUUAACGGUUCAAAUGUCUUCACUGCUCACCAAGACUGUAAAAUUCGCGUCUGGCUUACCACUCCUUCUAAACGACACCGUCUUAUAUCGUCACUUCCUACCGUUAAAGACCGUUUACGCCGUUGCAUCGUGCCAAAAAACUAUGUCAGCGUUCGACGUCACCGGAAGAGUCUUUGGAUUCAACAUAACGACACCGUUUCGGGUUUAGCAGUGAAUGAGAAGUUUAUGUAUUCUGUUUCGUGGGAUAAAAGUUUUAAGAUUUGGGAUUUGUCUUCGGGUUACCGGUGUUUAGAAUCCGUUAACGCGCACGAGGACGCUAUUAACGCUGUUGUAGUUUCCAAUGACGGAACCGUUUACACGGCGUCAGCUGAUGGGUGUAUAAAGGUUUGGAAGAUGGACGAUAAGGUGAAACGAUACGUUUUGAUGAGUACGAUAGGGAAGCAGAAAUCUAACGUUAAUGCGUUAGCAUUAGACGGUGAUGGUACGGCGUUGUUUUCCGGUGGGAGUGACGGGACGAUUUGCCGGUGGGAGAAUAAAUGCGAGGAAAAGGAAAACGACGUGGUGUUGAUAGAAACGAUGCGGGGUCAUAGUGGGGCGAUUCUAUGUUUGGUCAACGUUGAUGAUUUGUUGGCGAGUGGGUCAGCGGAUCUAACGGUGAGGAUUUGGCAAAGGGAAAGGGAGAAAGGUGGGUAUUGUUGUAGAGGAGUGUUGGAAGGACACGAGAAACCGGUUAAGUCGUUAGUUGCAAUUUCGGGUGGUGAAGAUGGUGAUGACACUGUUGGGGUGGUUAGGCUGUUCAGUGGAAGCCUUGAUGGGGAUAUUAAAGUGUGGGAGGUGUUUGCUUUGGUUUAAAACUGCUUUGGUUCUGCUUAUUCAUAACAAGUCCGCCCGUUUAAAAACUUAAAACGUGGUCGUGGGAGUUUAUCGGUAAAUGGAUAUGCCAAACAGAACCGCAAUGCAGGCCUAUGUUUAGUAAGAGCAUAAAAAACCGUGUCUCAAAACUGAUUAAUUAGCGGCUAAAGAGCCCUAAAUCGUAAUUAAGGUUUUGUCCAAAUAUAAUUUACCUUUGGAAAGCCUUGCUCUUGAUCAGGGGAACUGUAGUCGUAAUAAUUAGUUAAACAAAAACAAUAUGUUAAUAAGUAAUACUUUUGUGUAAUUUUAUCACAAGCUUUAUCUCUAA